CGGGUAUUAACUUUAAUACGCCGAUUUCGGUGUAUUAAAGAUAAUCGUAGAUUUUUGAUUAUUGGCUGCGUGCGUGAAAAACGCUUACACGCACACUAGAGCACAAGAAAUGUCAAAUGAAAAAAAAAACGAAAAAAACAAAACAAAACAGUCCGGGUCAGAAAUAAAGGAGUGAUCGUAAUUAAAAACCGAAAAACAGUAGUUCUAUCUUGAUUUCAGUCGAAGUUCUUGAUUUCAUCUCAGCAGUGUGGCAUUUUUGCUGGUUCAGUGAAGAAAAGUAUAGUUUUAUAUUUGUUAACAAAGUUGUGCUGAUUAAAACAUCAUUAAAAAAAUGGCUCGUCAGCGUGCGGGGGCCAAGCUCAACACCGGCAUCAAUCCGGGACGAUGGAACGUUAUUCGGUUUCCUGAAGAACAAGUGCAUGGUCAAGGAAUAUGGUCUCCUCCAAGAAAUAGAACACUGACUACACUUUGACUUCGGAGGUCAUCAAGAAUUCAGUAUUGCCUCUUGAAGUCUUUAUUUGCUUUACGCUCCACGAGACCAUGCCGAUGCUAAUGUUGAUCUCGUCAGGCCAUUUGUGACCGCACCCGCUGUGUUGAAUUACCAAGUUGCAUUUGACUCGCAGAAUUCUAAAGAGAUCGCAUAAAACUUGCUUACGGUUACUCAUCCGAUGACUUUUCUGCAUACUAAGGCCAAGUACGGGCUAGGUGCCAAGUACAAUUUUGACAUGGAUGCAAACGAACAAACGGGGUCAAAUUGGUCUGGACUACCAGCAGAAGCAAGGCGAUGAUGUCAUCUUGACCCUGUUCACUUCGAUGGCAAGAACUGCAACACUGGCGGACACAAGAUUUGUUUUGCUCUGAAACAUAGCCUAAAUUAGUCAAAAUGGUAUAUGGUUUUCACCGAAAAAAAACUUGUUACUGAAUAAAUAAUAAGAAAAAUUUUCAAAUGGAAAUAAUUGUAUGUUUGUGUAACAAAAAUUAAAAAGGUUACUUGUAUUGGAAUAAAAUAAACUUGAAAGUAAACCGAUUUUCUUUAAUCUUCAAGGUGCGCAUUUUAUUUCUAUUAAGAAAACCAAGUUUAAAUCUGAAAGGAAGGAACCAUAAUUUCCUCCCCCAUAAAAUAUGGUCUGUACCUAGAAUAUCACGUACAACUGAAUAAAUAAAAUUACAAAUUACAGAAAUUGGUCUGAAAAUAAAUAAAUGAUAGUAUGUAUUUCUUAAGAAGAUGGUGGCAAAAUUCUCGACUAAUUCCUAGUGAAAAUUGUGGAAGAAUGUUUGAAGUCCUGGUUGAACUCCUUGAGGCAUGCAUGGUGAAUUUUUUAAAGGAAAUUUCGAUUAAAUUUCUGGUGUAAUUUUGAAAACCUCUUGGUUACCGUGGACGAAAACCUAUCGGAUCAUUUUGAAUACUUCCUGGAAGAAAAUCAGAUUCAAUUCAAUUGGAAUGUCCGAUAAACAUUUAAGUGGAAUUUUAGAAGGUGCAGCGACAAAUGAAGUCCGGGGCCUCCUUAGCUGUGCGGUAAGAUGCGCGGCUUCAACGCAAAACCAUGCUGAGGGUGGCAGAAAAUGGUCGGGUUGAAGAUUGUCACGACUUUCCUAGGCAUGAAAGUGUUAUCGUGUUAGCCUAGUGCCAUAAUGGUAACUUGGCUUAGAAAUCUCGAAGUUUUUAACUGUGGAAGUUCUGAAUGAACACCGCUGCGGAACGGCAAUGUCCCAGGGGGUGUUAUUCCAAUGAAGAGAUAAGAGAGACAAGUGAAGUUUUUGGAACACCUGCUAAAAUUCUUGGAAGAAAUCUCGGAUUUUUUCAUGAACUGGGUAAGUUCCAGUUAAGCAAGUUCUGGUGAAACCCUGGAUUUUUUUAGGAUAUCCUGAAAAAAUGGCUGCGUCCAAUGCUAGUUGGAUUAGUAACUUCGAAUAAAGUAAAACCGUCAGUUCGUAGUUCUGUGCAACCUACAUGGAAAAUUUAGAUAUUCACGGAAUGUCGUCAUCUGACACGGAUUCCGAGGAUGAGUUCUACUCCUUCCUUGAUGCUGCUUGUUACAUUCCAGAGGAACCAAAGAAACGCCGAACAAGAGAGAGACAUGAUUUUUUUGCUAUGUACGACGAUUCCGAUUUUGAAGCAAGGUUCCGGCUGACAAAAGAGAUGUCGCGAGAAUUAGCCGGGUUACUUGAGUCGUCGCUAGACCACUCAACAGCACGAAAUAUGCCAGUGCCAGUCAAUAUUCAGGUUCUAUUGGCUUUGCGAUACUAUGCCACCGGGAGCUUCGAAACAGUGGUGGGUGAUCUCGAAGGCAUCCAUCAAACGACGGUCGGAAGAAUUGUGAAGAAGGUCUCCCACGCUAUCGCUGCCUUGGCAGACCGUUUUAUCAAAAUGCCUUCUGAGGAAGAAUGGCAGGAGACAAAUACAAAAUUUUUUCGCCUCGGCGGAAUCCCACGCACAAUUGGUGUUAUAGAUGGUAUAUCCACUUUCUAUGUAAUUCAUUUUCCCCGUAAAUACACAGGACGAAUUUUUAAUUUUGAAAACCAUGUGUCUCGGAGAAUGGUAGAGUUUUUUUUUCAUAUAAUUUUCAUUAAAAUCAAAGGCAAACCCUCCUCUUUUUAUGGUUUUAUAGGCUGCCACAUCCCUAUUAUAUCACCAGGAGGAGAUAAUGCAGAAAUAUUUCGAAAUAGGAAGGGGUGGUUUUCUAUUAACACUAUGGCCGUAUGUGAUGCUGAUAUGAAAAUAAGAAACAUUGUCGCAAGGUGGCCAGGAUCUACCCACGAUCAAACUGUUUUCAGCUUGUCACAAUUGCGAGCAGAAUUUGAAUCGGGAAUGUAUCAUCAUAACAUUAUACUUGGUGAUUCAGGGUAUCGAUGCACUCCAUAUCUGAUUACACCACUGCUGAAUCCAACGACUGGUCCGGAAAAAUCAUUUCAGAAAGGAUUUAUCAGAACAAGAAACAUAGUGGAGCGUGUUUUUGGAGCCUGGAAAAGGAGAUUCCCGAUUAUUGGAAUGAAGAUAAGAUCUAAUGUCGAAGAUGCUCUGGUAACUAUUGUUGCCACUGCAGUUUUGCAUAAUGUGUGCAUAAACACAAGAAUGCCUCCAGCAGUUCAACACGAAGAGUUUGUUCAGCCGGACGAGCACUUCGACGCGCCUCAAAUGAACAAUCAAAUGACACGUAACAACAUCAUUGCUAAUUAUUUUGGAUAAUCAUCGUUUUAUGGCAUUGUUACAUUUUGUAGUAUAAUGUACAUUGUUAUGCAUUGCCGUAGGCGCGCACAUACAUAUAAAUACUUACAAAUACAGACGGCUGACAUACACACAUACAUAUAUACACACACUCUUCACAGAUAGCAAAACAACAUGAAUGCAUAAGCUGCAUGCUUUAAAUAAAUGCUGUUUUUAAUGAAUAUCGGUUCUAGUUUUUGCUUUUCUUGUAUAUUCAAUAUACGUAAACCCUAUAAGACCACUCACUCUGAAAUUUUGAUAUAAGGCUCAGAGAUCCAUAAUGUUGUAUAUCAAUAGAAUCAGCUUGACGAAUUGAGGUGAUGUCUGUUAUGUGCGUUUGUAUGUGUGCAAAAUUUUCUAGACACGCUGUUAGCAGUGCUGGUCGAAUUACUCGCAAGCUCCAUUCGACGAGGAAUCCUGU